GACAUUCACUGCCCAGCACACCGUUUUGAAGAUGGCCAGUGGCAGCGCUCCGAUUGGUUUUCAAGGUGUCGAAAUGGCUGUUCAUGGCAGCAAUGAGUACAGUCAGGAUCAUUCGCCCCCGGGAGAAGCUGCAGGCUCUCAACUUGCUGGUGUCGGCAGUCCUGCUUACGACUCUGAGCUGACCCCAUUGAAGAGAGAAGUUGCUCAAGGCAGCGGAAAACAGACUGUCUUCUUCAAAGACGGGAAGAGAAGAAUCGACUAUGUCCUGGUCUACCAAGUGUAUGAAGAACAGGAGCAAGAGUGGAGGGACAAGAGAGAGCAAAAGAGGCAGGACUACUUUGAACAGUUGAAGGGAGAGGGUCUCGAAUUAGAAGAAGAUCACGAGGCAUUUGACAAAAAGUCAAUUUUUGUCAAAGUGCAUGCUCCAUGGAAGACGCUUUCUCGAGAAGCAGAAGCUCUCUCUCUGAAGAUGCCACGGGAGGAAAACAAUUAUGUUCGUAAGGGCUGGUGGGACAGGAUGAUUGAAAACAUGCGAUGCUCGAUCAAGAGUCCGUUCAAUCACGGUUUGGAAGACAUGCAAAACUACAUUACUUUGCCGUUUUCUAAAGCCAAGCAGAAAUCCUUUAUUGGCAUUGAAGACAAAGACAAGUUCUUUACACCCGCCCAGAGGAGUCUAAUGGUAAAUGGAAUUUUGGUGAGGACUCCGUACAGCAGAGAGAAGAGUAAGGUUGGCUUUGAGAGACUUCUUGCUAACAAGGCAAUCGAGGCUGCAUAUCCACUUCAUUCGGGAGGUAGUGAUGUUCCAGAAGAUGAGGAACAAAACGAGAGAUCGGUGUUGCGACAUGUUUGGGCUCGUUGGGGAGCGUGGUACAAAUACCAACCGCUUGACUACAUCAGACGUUACUUUGGUGAAAAAGUUGGCAUCUACUUUUGCUGGCUUGGUUUGUACACAACUUGGCUGUGGCCUGCAGCGAUUGUUGGUUUGCUUGUGUUUAUUAUCGGCUGUGGAAUAUCUGGUGAUGACAUUCCUUCGAAAGAAAUCUGUGAUGACAAUCUCACUACUCUCUUCUACAUGUGUCCUCUGUGUGAUGUGUCUUGCGACUUCUACUUUUUGAAAGAGACAUGUUAUUAUGCCAGAGCUUCAUUCUUAUUUGACAACGGUGCUACAGUUUUCUUUGCUGCAUUUAUGUGCCUUUGGGCUGUUUUCUUUCUUGAGAUGUGGAAGCGCACGGAGGUUGGUCUGGCGUAUCGCUGGGAUGUACUUGGCUAUGAAGAGCAGCAGGAACUACCUCGUGCCGUAUUCGAAGCAACCGUCAAAACCAAGAAAGAAAAUCCAGUGACUGGGAGGUUGGAAUCGUUUGUUCCUACGGUAACCCAACUGACCAAAUUGAUGAGAGCUUUAUCAGUCGUCUUCUUCUUUAUUGCUGUCGUGAUUGCUGCUGUUAUCGGUGUGGUUGUAUAUCGUAUUACCGUAGUAGCAGCCAUGAAUGAAAACAACUCGCUUCGUCAGUUCUCGAGCAUAGCCACGUCCAUAACCGCCGCUGUCAUUCAAGUUAUCCUCAUUACCGUUUUGGACAAGGUGUACCAGUAUGUUGCUGUUCUUCUCACUGAAUGGGAGUUGCAUCGUACUCAAACUGAGCACGAAGACAGUUUCACGUUCAAGAUGUUUCUGUUUCAGUUUGUCAACUACUACAGCUCGGUGUUCUACAUUGCUUUCUUUAAGGGCAAGUUUACCGGCUACCCAUACAACUACAAUGAACUUGCUGGUGCUCGUCUUGACGAGUGUGGUCCUGGAGGUUGUAUGAUUGAGUUGACUCAACAAUUGGCUAUUGUCAUGGUCGGCAAGCAAGUGGUCAACAACUUCGUUGAGCUUCUGUUGCCGAAGCUAAAGGCUUGGUGGAGGCGACGUGACACGAAAGAUGAGGAUCCUGACGAUGACAAGUGCGUGCAGAGGUGGGAGGAAGACUACGAUCUGGCCGAUCUCAAUCAAUAUGGAUUGUUUGCUGAAUAUCUGGAAAUGGUUAUCCAGUAUGGCUUUAUCACACUGUUUGUUGCUGCGUUUCCUCUUGCUCCCGUAUUUGCUCUCCUCAACAACCUCAUCGAGAUUCGACUCGAUGCGUACAAGUUCAUCACAACUCUGCGCCGUCCUGUAGCACUUCGAGCUCAGGAUAUCGGGAUUUGGUACUCAAUCUUGGACGGUGUAUCAAAGUUUGCAGUGAUAUCCAACGCGUUUAUCAUAGCUGUUACAUCAGAAUUUAUCCCGAGAACUCUCUACUCGUAUACAAUGAGUCCUACUGAUGAUCUGAAAGGCUUUGUAAACUUUAGCUUAGCUUAUGCGCCCAUUCGUACCAACUUUGAUGGUACGCUACCCGAAUCUUCUCUGAAAACAAUCUACAACCAAGUUCACGAUCACCAGUUGAAAGCACCCGGCAGCAAUGCUCUCUACAACAGCAGUGACACGUGCCGUUAUCGCUCUUACCGUCAACCGGAUGGAACACGCAAGGUAUUCUGGUGGGAGUAUCUCACUUCUGCUUUGGCCUUCGUCAUUGUCUUUGAGCACGUCAUCUUUGCGGGUGUUGCUUUGGUUGCUUGGCUCAUUCCUGACGUUCCUGCUGAUCUGAAAGAGCAAAUGCAGCGUGUUUCUUUCUUGGGGGAGCAGGCAUUGCGUGAACGUGAAGUAGAAUCUGAGGAGAGGGAAGCUCGUCCUACCUCUGAUGUUUGACAAUGAAGAAUCUUGCGUUGCUAAGCUUUGCGAAGUUUUCUCACAUGAUUGCUGCAUUCUUGACUUCUCGUGUUAGUAAAUUUCACACGAACUUUUUGGCCGAUUUAAUAUUAUAUGUUUGCUGCUUUGUUGCUGGGAAGCUGCUGUAUGUUGAUUUACUUCACUGCACUUCCACCUGUAGACACAACUGUCGAAUGUUAAAGUUUAGAGUGCUGGAUAAAAUUGAUCAUCAAUGCUGAA